AUGGGGUUCCUACACACAUGGCUUCUGUUCACACUGGUGCGUGCAGCUGACCCUCCAUGCAAGUUAUGGGGGCCUCCUGACACCCCUCAGCUCAGAAGAGAUGGGGAUGUGACAAUUGGUGGCAUCUUCUCCUUCCACAACAGCUGGGAGGAGAUGAUACCCACAUUCACAUCAAGACCAAAGCGGCCAAAAUGCAAAAGUUUGAGCCUCAGAGAAUUUCAAAAUGCACAGACAAUGGUGUUUGCCAUUGAAGAAAUCAACAACAGAACUGAUAUUCUUCCGGGGGUCAGUUUGGGUUACAAAAUCUAUGAUUCGUGUGGAUCCAUUGAAGAGGCUCUCAGAGCAUCUCUGUCAUUAGUUAAUGAGGGAAAUGAAACUCAAAUGUCUUGUCAAAGACCUAACACAGUUCAAGCUAUCAUUGCAGAAACCUCCUCCACACCAACUAUUGCUAUAUCUUCAACUGUUGGACCUUUGCAUAUACCGGUGAUAAGUCAUUUUGCAACCUGUGCCUGCCUCAGUGACAGAAAAAAGCACCCUUCCUUCUUCAGAACCAUUCCCAGUGACUACUACCAGAGCAGAGCACUGGCCAAACUGGUCAAGUAUUUUGGCUGGACGUGGGUGGGGGCUCUCUGCAGUGAUAAUGACUAUGGAAAUAAUGGCAUGAACACAUUUAUCAAAGCAGCCACAGAAUUCGGCGUGUGUCUCGAAUUUUCAGAGGCGUUCUUCAGGACCGAUCCCAGGGAGGAAAUUUUAAGAGUUGUGAACAUUGUUAAAAGUUCAAGCUCUAAAGUGAUUGUGGCCUUUGUAUCUUAUUCAGACAUGGAGGUACUUCUAGGUGAAUUAGCCCAGCAGAAUAUCACUGGACUGCAGUGGAUAGGUAGUGAGUCCUGGAUCUCUGAUAUGAACAUUGCUACUGGUAAAUGGCAACACAUUCUUAGAGGGUCUAUGGGCUUUGCCAUCCCAACAGCUGAAAUAACAGGCCUUGGGGAAUUUCUUACCAAACUUAACCCAUCAUCUGGUAUCGAUCUUUAUAAAGAAUUAUGGGAAACUAUAUUUCAAUGUGAAGAAACUGCAGGAGGUGAGAAUAUAUGCAAAGGCAACGAAAGCCUGAUCAAUGUGCAGAACCAAUACACAGAUGUCACAGAAUUACAGAUUGCUAACAAUGUUUACAAAGCAGUAUAUGCAGUUGCUCAUGCUCUAAAUGGAACAAUGAGCUGUUCAAAAUGGGGCACAAAUCAAGGCAAUGCAAGCAAAUGCAUGGAAGCACUCAACAAUACAUGGCAGGUAGUUAAUGCAGUAAGGGAAGUAAGUUUCUUCACGGGAACUGGGGAAAAAGUGUACUUUGAUGAAAAUGGAGAUCCGGCAGCAAGGUAUGACCUAUUAAACUGGCAGCGAGGGAAGGAUGGGACAAUCAAGUUUGUUAAAGUGGGUUUUUAUGAUGCCUCUUUACAACCAGACUUUCAGCUUUCAUUUAACAACAUCAGCAUAGUCUGGGCCAAGAGCCAACACAGGGUGCCUGUGUCUGUGUGCAGUGAGAGUUGUCCCCCUGGCACCAGAAAGGCUGUGCAGAAAGGAAGACCUGUCUGCUGUUAUGACUGUAUUACAUGUGCAGAUGGAGAAAUCAGUAAUGAGACAGAUUCUGUGACUUGCCUCAAGUGCCCCCCAACAUUUUGGUCAAACCAAUGGAGAAAUGCAUGUGUCCUUAAACUUGUAGAAUAUCUGUCAUUUGAAGAUGUGAUGGGAAUUGUUCUGGUUGUCUUUUCUUUGCUAGGUGUGUCGUUUACAUUAGGCAUCUCUUUUAUUUUCUUUGUACAUAAGGAUACCCCUAUAGUAAAAGCCAACAAUUCAGAAUUGAGCUUCCUGUUGCUCUUCUCAUUGACUUUGUGUUUUCUCUGUUCACUUACUUUCAUUGGUCGUCCCACUGAGUGGUCCUGUAUGUUGCGUCACACAGCAUUUGGGAUCACUUUUGUCCUCUGUAUCUCCUGUGUUCUGGGAAAAACAAUAGUGGUGUUAAUGGCAUUCAGGGCCACACUUCCAGGAAGUAAUGUCAUGAAAUGGUUUGGGCCUGUACAACAGAGACUCAGUGUCAUUACCUUUACUUUAUUACAAGUCAUAAUUUGUGUGCUUUGGUUAACUAUAUCACCUCCUUUCCCUUAUAUGAACAUGAAUCAUUACCAGGAGAAAAUCAUUCUUGAAUGUCAUUUAGGUUCACCGUUUGGUUUCUGGGCUGUGUUGGGUUAUAUUGGUCUUCUGGCUGUUUUGUGCUUCAUUCUGGCAUUUCUGGCUCGGACUUUGCCAGAUAACUUUAAUGAAGCUAAAUUCAUCACAUUCAGUAUGCUCAUAUUCUGUGCUGUAUGGAUCACAUUUAUCCCAGCUUAUGUCAGUUCACCUGGAAAAUUCACAGUAGCUGUGGAGAUAUUUGCUAUUUUAGCAUCUAGUUUUGGACUAUUAUUUUGCAUAUUUGCCCCAAAAUGUUACAUCAUUUUACUGAGGCCAGAACAAAACACAAAGAAACACAUGAUGGGAAAGUAA